GGACGCGUCCGGCUGCGGGGCCUCACCGCGGCAGCGCCGGCUUGCCCCCGGCUGCCGCUUUCAUUCAUGCUUUCUCCUUCGCCAUCUCCCUCUCUCUCCGAGCGAGUGAAAACAGGAGUGCGCGUGGGCGGCCGCCGAGCGGCUCGCUGUCAGUCAGCCGCCGCGCUGCGAAGAAGGCGAGCGAGGGAGAAGGAGGGGACCAGCUUUCCCCGGCAAGGGGAAGCUCUGUCGGCGCUGCCGCUGCCUGCCGGCCUCGCGGCUCUUCCCGGGGGCAUCCGCAGAGCCUCUCGGCCCGCGUUGGGGGGGGCUGCGGGGAGGCGGCUCCUCGCCCGCUAUCGGCACCUGCCCCCCCCCCCGCCCCUGUCUGGCGGAGGGGUCCGCGCCGCCGGCGGCGCGCGCGUGUGUACGUGUGUCUGCCAGGGGCCGCCGCAGCGGGGAGAGGCGCGAGGCAAGUCGUGACGGCUUCAAUGGCCGUAGCGGCUCCGGGCGGGCGCUGAGCGGCGGGUGCUGCGCGCUGCGGGGCUGAAGGCUUCGCGGGGCGGGGGGUGCGCGGCGCUCAGAGGAUCGCCGACCCCGCCCCGCCGCAGCGAGCGGCUCUGCCUUUGUGCUUCCUCCGCACCUGAGGUGCGAGGCCGGGAAGGGAGAUCAUGUUUCAUUAAAAGUGCUGACGAGAACCCAGAACUCUGAAGACAGCGGUUUUGUGCAAGAUAAGAAUGUUAGAAUGUUCCUUGAAGAAGCUGAUGGAGGAUAGAGCUCUGGCAGUGCAAGAUGACACCAUAAUAUAGUCUGAAAUUCUGCUGCAUUUGAGCAAAAUCUCACUUGCUGCAGCCUAGGACCUCUCUACUCUGCUGUCAUUGCUGUUCUUUCCAUUGCAUCAAAGGUGAUUCGCAGUCAGUAAAAGCAGGUCUUUACAAUCCAGCUGUGAUGGAGUCAAUGGGUGAAGCUCAAGAGCAACAAGAACAGCUGAACGGGAAGGAGCAGUCGCUGAAAACCACCCAGAAAACUGCAUUGCUUGCUUGGGCUGCCUGGUGGAAUGGAUUAAUGACUGGAGACAGCAUGUAUCUGUUUGUCCUCUCUCAGAUACUGCUUCUCUGCAUGAUGCUGUGGUACAGCACUUAUGGGACCAUCUCAGCAGCUCAGAAUGCCUUUGACAUGCUGUUUUACUUGCUUACCCCAUUUGAACAGUUUUUGUCAGAUCAAGGAGGGGAUCUAACUAGAAUUGGGAAUGUUGUGAUAUCGUAUAUCCUACUGUCCUUAGUUUCUCUAGGACUGCUACUUGUUGGAUCUCUGUUUUGGCAUCUGCUCAGAGCUCGUCCAGACCCCCCCUUUCCGCUCCAGGAGGACAGACGCCAAUCUGUGAGCCGGCAGCCUUCGUUCACGUACUCAGAGUGGACAGAAGAUAAAAAUGAGGAUGACUUUCUAGACUUGGAUCCUGUACCAGAGACCCCAGUCUUUGACUGUGUAAUGGACAUUAAAGUGGAGACAGAUCCAGCUACUCUAACAGUUAAAUCCGUGGGCUUGCAAGAAAGGAGGGGUUCCAAUGUUUCACUCACGCUAGAUAUGUGUACCCCAGGCUGUUCUGAGCAAGGUUUUGGCUAUAUCAUGUCACCACGCGAACAGUCAGCGCAAGAAUAUCUCCAGACAGCGUCAAACAUUCUUACUGAAGAAGAACUGCACAAGAAAGCUCUGGAUUCAUUCAUACUCCAGGCAGAAUUCUUUGAAAUUCCAAUGAACUUUGUUGAUCCAAAGGAAUAUGAUAUUCCAGGCCUGGUGCGGAAGAAUCGCUACAAAACAAUUCUUCCAAAUCCUCACAGCAGAGUGUGCCUUACCUCAGCUGAUCAGGACGACCCCCUUAGCUCUUACAUCAAUGCUAACUACAUCAGGGGCUAUGGAGGAGAGGAGAAGGUAUAUAUUGCUACUCAGGGACCGAUAGUUAACACUGUCAGUGAUUUCUGGAGAAUGGUGUGGCAGGAGCGUUCUCCCAUCAUUGUCAUGAUUACCAAUAUAGAAGAGAUGAAUGAGAAAUGCACAGAAUAUUGGCCAGAGGAACAGAUCACCUAUGAAGGAAUAGAAAUCAUAGUUAACCAAGUCAUACAAGCAGAUGACUACCGUUUAAGGCUCAUCACCCUAAAGAAAGGAGAAGAAGUCAGAAACCUGAAACAUUACUGGUACACAUCUUGGCCAGACCAGAAGACACCAGAUCAAGCUCCUCCUCUGUUACAACUAGUACUGGAAGUGGAAGAGGCAAUGCAGAAUGCAGAAGAGAAGAAUGCUCCAGUGAUUGUUCACUGCAGUGCAGGCAUCGGGAGGACGGGCUGCUUUAUUGCAACUAGUGUCUGUUGUAAGCAGCUGAAGAGUGAGGGCAUAGUUGACAUAUUGCGAACAACUUGCCAGUUACGGUUAGACAGGGGAGGAAUGAUCCAGACUUGUGAACAGUAUCAAUUUGUCCAUCAUGUCAUGAGCUUGUACGGAAAACAGCUUUCUAGAGCAGCAGAAGAAUAAGUGUUCAUGAUAUUCCUAAAGGCUAAAACCAAGAGAACUUUUGACUGCAUUCAGAUAUAUUUCAGAUCUAAUAAGAGACACGUGGUAACCUGGCUGUCUUAGCUGGACAAAAAGAUAUAUUUUACUUUGAUAUUGCUUUUAUGCUCUUGUUUGCAUUGACAUUUAAGAGCUGAAGUACACCUGGUCUUAAACAUAUGUGACAGGACAUAAUCUUCACCAAAAAAGGCUUAUUUAUUUUGUAAAUAAGAACAGUAGCUUCAUUUGUUACAAAAUCAAAAAAAGGAAAAGAAAAAAGAGCACUGUCUUCAGUUUGCUGUUUUUAAAACAUAAUUGCUAUUAUAUCAAAAUACAGUGUGAAACUUUUUGAAUUGUCAUGCUGAAAUAUGUGCCGUAUGUUGACUAAGCUUGAAAGUAACUUUUUGCCUCUUUCUGAUUGUUUUUACAUAUAAAAUUACCGAAUACUGUGUAUAUCAUAAACCUCUGAGCCUCUGCAUUGAAAGACUCAAGUGGAUUCAUGUUGAAAUAAGGAUUCACACAUCACGUUUGCUUGGUUUUAUUUUUUUAAAGCAGUCCAUCACUGGUGUUAUCAGAACUAUAGGGAAAAAAGUAUUUCACUGAUGUGAGACAAAUUCUUGCCUCUAGUUCUUACCAGCAACGUUACCCUGCUAUCAUGACAACUUGGAUGAAUUUGUGGUGGAUAGAGGAGAAGUUGAAAUAAUAUUAAUUCUUCAGUUUUCUUUUCUCAAUAUGUUGGCAUCUGAUUCUGUAAAUCAGAUUUGAUUUUUGAAAGUGUUUUGUCUUUUUAUGUGGCCAUAAAAACAACAAUCCCAGUAGUUUUGCCAGAAAUCGGAGGUGAGGAAUUUCUUUUUACUUGAAUCCAUCUUUAUUUGAAAUGUAAUAAUAAGAUCACCCAUAUUUUGAAUUUAAGCCUGUUCCAAAGCUUUAAAGGAGACCAAAUGGCCAGCAUCCAUUAAAAUUAAUAUGACUAGAAACGCAAAUUCCAUAAGCAGCUUAAGAAAAAAUGAUCACGCAAUGUGUGGCUGCUUCUUGAUACAUUUCCCCUCAAACUAAGUUUUGAUAAUGUUAUCCCUUUGUAAUCUCUAGCCCAAGCCGUAGUAAAUAAUGCAGACUACUUCCCAUGCUUUUGUUUUUAGACCUUAGUCUGGCAGUGAAGGCUUCAGUUGGUGUAUUCAAUGCUUAGAGGUAAGCACGUGUUGAAGUUCUUUGAGCAGUGAUAAAUGGAGAUACACAGGACCCUUUACAUCAGAGUGAUUUGUGAAUGGAAGCUGCAAUCAUUUACUGGAAGUAUUUUUGCUUCUCUAUUUGUAACAAUAACCAAAACUCACUGCUUUUGUUAGGGCAGAAGAUUCUGUGGAUUUACUUCGCCUCUUCAUCAGGAAAAGGUAAAGCAGCUCUCAGAACAAUAAGGGCUGAUCCUGCUCCUAUUGAGGUUUUGUCAUUGACAUCAACAGAUGCAGGGUAGGGCCUAAAAUGUUAUGCCUACAACUUCAUCGCUGUGGGGAAAGUUUCCCAGUAUUUUAGUACACAUCCUUUGUGUUUAUUCUGUAUCCAUGAGCCUGUAAAAAUCCUAUCAGCAGGGUUUGCAUGACUAUGUGGCAAAAUGUGUUAUCUUGAACUACUUGAUUUUAUUGCUGUAUUUAAAAUAUUUCCUUCAGUGAGAAGCUAGCAAGAAGAACUGGCAAUCUUUUUAAAAAUACUGGCAGUAGUCAUUAAAUAGAGCAAUAAACUUAAGCUUUUGAGCAUAA